UGUGGCUCAGAUGUUUUUCUCCUCUUCCUCCAGCAGAGGUCAUGCAGUGUUUACAGACACCUCUGAGCCAUGAUGGUGAUGCAGGGACUGAGGAGGAGGAGGAGGAGGGUGCUUCUCUUCCUGUUCAUCACCAUCUGCAUCCGGAGCCGGUGGGCGGUGCAGACCCCUGAAGAUACAGAGAACCUCCUGCGGAUGCUGACCAAAAGGAUGCGAUAGGUCGAGGAGGGUGGGAUGCUGUUGGAGAUCAAUAUUUAGUAUUUCUGCACUGAGACCAGCUGCUUUACAGUGAGUCAGAUGAAAAUACUGUAUGAGGAAAAAACACCUUCUUUGUCUCUAAAAAACACAGACAACAAUAGUCUGUUUUUCUAAUUUGCUCUCUGCUCUUUUCAGUUUGAGUUUCCUACAUGUGUGCUGAGAUUUUGCCUCUUUCUUUAAAGACGCUCGUGCAGACACAUUGUGUGUGUGAAUGCAUGAAGUCAUCUGUGGGAUAAAAGAGACAGAGCUGCAGCUGGUAAUCCGCAGACACACUGUGUUCCUGCUUAUCAGCGUUUAUGUGCUUAUACUACCAGGGAUGACACACACAGAGAGAGAGAUAGAGAGAUAGAGAGGUGAUGCAUAUUGAUGAAAGCUGUCACUUUUUGAUUUACACCUGUGAUUUAUAACUGAGGCCUUGCUUGAAGAAGAAGAGGAAGAAGAGGAAGAGGAGGCCUCUGUAAACAAACAAACACAGCAUCACUGUAGAUGCUCUUGUCUCUGACGCUCUUCCUGUGGAGGCUCUACCGAUAUCUCUCCAUCUCCAUCAUGUUCAGCUCAGAGAGACUCACGGUACCGGAGUAUGUGAGCCGGCUGCAGAGAGGCAGGAGCGGAUCCACCCCCAGCAGCUCCGACCCUAAAGCAGUCUCUCCGGGCGUGCAUGCAGACGUCCGGGCGGUGCUGGACACCUCUCUGCCGCUUCUGCGCACCGCCAUCCGGAGGCUGAAGUCCUCCACGGAGACCGGUGACUCGGAUGAGACCCGCCGGGCCAUCGCGGAGCUCUUCCAGCUGGUGGAGGAGGCCUGGGUGCUGCCGGCUGUAGGCCGUCAGGCGGCCGAGGAGAUCUGCAACAGGAUCCGGCUGGAUGGAGGCCUGGAGCUGCUGCUGCAGCUGCAGCAGACACCUGCUGUGGAGAUCACCUAUGAGUCUGCAAAACUGCUGGAGCAGAUACUCAUCUCAGAGAACAGAGAUUAUGUAGCACGUAUGGGUCUGGGGGUCGUCCUCAACCUGACUCGACAUCAGGAAGAUGCACAGCUGGCUCGCAGCGUCUCAGGGAUCCUGGAGCACAUGUUCAAACACACCGAGGAGACGUCCGUCCACCUCAUCUCCAACGGCGCCCUGGACACCCUCCUCUUCUGGUGCCGAGGGACAGAUCCCACCGUGCUGCGCCACUGUGCUGUGGCACUGGCAAACUGUGCCAUGUACGGAGGCCACCGCUGCCAGCGAUGGAUGAUCGAGAAACAGGCGGCCGAGUGGCUUUUCCCGCUGGCUUUUUCCAAAGAGGACGAACUCAUUCGAUUCCACGCAUGCCUGGCUGUGACUGUGUUGGCUGCAAACAAAGAGAUUGAGAAAGAGGUGGUGAAGUCCGGGACCUUGGAGCUGGUGGAGCCAUUCAUCGCAUCUUUGGAUCCAGACGACUUUGCCCGCAGUUUGUUGGACAGUGCAGACUGCAUGCAGGGUAAGACGGCAGCUGAUCUGCAGCAUAUGUUGCCACUACUGGAUGGCACGAGAGUGGAGGGAAAGUGCAUUGCAGCCUUUUACCUUUGCGUUGAGGCCAGCAUCAAGUCUCGUCAGCGCAACACUAAGAUAUUUCAAGAGAUCGGAGCGGUGCAGAGCCUCAAAAGAAUUGUCAUGUACUCCAGUAAUGGCACAGCCUGUUCUCUCGCCAAGCGGGCACUGAGAAUGAUGGGGGAGGAAGUGCCGAAACGCAUCCUCUCAUGUGUGCCCAACUGGAAAACCUGUGAAGUGCAGACCUGGCUGCAGCAGGUUGGCUUUAGUGCCUAUUGUGACCGAUUCCAGGAGCUCCAGGUGGAUGGAGACCUCCUGCUGAACAUCACAGACCAGGAACUGAGCGCUGAUCUGGGCAUGACUGCAGGCCUCACUCGCAAGAGGUUUCUGAGAGACUUGCGUGUGUUGAAGACUUACGCCAACUACUCCACAUGUGACCCAAACAACAUGACUGACUGGUUGGUCGAGGUGGACCCUCGUUUCCGUCAGUACACCUAUGGCCUUGUCCAGUCAGGAGUGGAUCGCCAAAACGUCCAGAGCCUGACCGACCUGCAGCUUCAGCAGGACUGCCACAUACACAACGGAGUCCACAGAGCCAAGAUACUCUUUGCUAACCGCAGGCCCUUAAAGCCGUGUCACACAGACGCCCAGCCUGCAGGGCCCGACGUGUUCAUCAGCUAUCGUCGGACCACCGGCUCCCAGCUGGCCAGUCUCCUGAAGGUGCACCUGCAGGUUCGAGGAUACAGCGUCUUCAUAGAUGUGGAGAAACUAGAGGCCGGUAAAUUCCAAGACAAACUGAUCCAGAGCGUACAGCGGGCGCGUAACUUCAUCCUGGUCCUGUCCGCCAACGCGCUCGACAAGUGCAUGGGUGACACUGACAUGAAGGACUGGGUGCAUAAGGAGAUAGUAACAGCCAUGGCUGGAAAGAAGAACAUUGUUCCUGUCACAGAUAACUUUAUGUGGCCCGACCCCAUGUCUCUGCCGGAGGACAUGAGAGCGAUUCUCAACUUCAACGGCAUCAAAUGGUCCCAUGAAUAUCAGGAGGCGUCCAUCGAGAAGAUCCUACGCUUCCUGAAAGGGCACGAAGACCAAAUGGACGGCCCAAACGCCUCCAAAGAGCAGAAAAAGAAAUAAAACUGACAUAAAACAGUUUGAUCUCAGCUAUAAUAACUUUAAAUGAUGCCAAAUUCCACAUGGCCUACGGUGAACAGGCCGGCAGCUUUCCCUGCUCUGCCCAAAUGCAUGUGAAUUUAAUUAUGUUUGGCUUACAUGCUCACACCAAGACCAAAUUUAAAUAGACCUAAUAUAUUGCAAAACGUAAAGAUUGUAUAUAAUAAACUGUAAGCCUUUAACGAUAGUACCCUCAUACUGCUGUAUACGUAUGUGUAAUCAGGUACAGUAUAUACGCCUUCUGUCUCUCAGGAAAAUAACUGUGAUAGAUCAGCCGUCAUUGGCACCUCAGCAAAAUCAUCAAUAACAAUUUAUGAAGCAUCCACUAAUCACAAAAGUUCAUCUUAAACCGUAUACUGUACAUUCAUAGAACCAAAGCAGUUAAUUCUACCGACAUAUGUGUUUUUAUGUUUGGGUUGUGAUAGAAAAGAUGCAUUGAAUUGUUAAUGAUAAGAGCAUCUACGGUGGACAUAAUCUAAGCUGGAGGCAUGAAAUAUUGUACAGAAAUAAACGAGCUACAUGCUGUAUAACUGCACCCCUAAUUUAACCAAAUACAGACUUAAGGAGUGUACAGGCAACAACAAAUACCCAUGUAGUAUUAAACGUUUCCUUCCUUCUGUAUAAUUAACUAUGAAUUGACGUAUAUGAUGAACUUCCAGUAUGAAAAAAAUGCAUCGUUGACUCCUUGAAAAUGACUCCAUCUGUGUUAAAGAGUGUCUUGUAGCCGUUACAACAUAGUGUAAUACAUUAAACUAUCAUUUAAUACUGCUGACUUGAGGUUUUAUUCAACACAAUGUUAAGCCUGAUAAGUAAUUAUUUGUCUGCUUUGCUGUUCAUAUUUCAUCCUUGUUGAGGAGUAAAGUAAAAACAGAAAGAAAUCCAGCAAUAUACAAGAUACACUGAGGCUUGUGAAAUAUAAAAGACAAAGGGGCAGAUCUACACCUGUGUAAAUCAAGAAAAUAUUAAUAAUAAUAAAUAUGGGAUGCAAAUUAACCAAAGCAGUCAUAAAGAUGUGUUGUUCACAUAUUGUUCUGUAAAAUUAUAUUAAUAUAACCUGAA